AUGAACGUCGAAACAUAGAAUUCUAAUAAAGUAUAGCAAAUCCUGCUCAAAUAAGAAUAAUUAAUAAAGGAAUAGAAAUACUAUGAAUAUGAACAAAAAAUACUUACAUUUGGAUCCAGAUUCAUUAAUUAGCAUAAUAAGGAUGGAGCUAUCACUCUUUAUUUAUAAGCAAGCAAAGUUUUAGUUAAGAACAAUUAAGAUAACUCAGGCUUUAAUUUAGCAACAGAAGUAAUCAAAAUAUCAGAUGAUUUGGAUUCCCAAAGUAUUGCUGAGAUCAUGUCAAUCUAUUCUAUAGCUCAAUUCAGUAAAUUGAAAGUUCAAUUCAUAAAUAAAGUGCUUAAGAAAUACCCAAAAUAUACAGAUCAAAUUUGCCAAUAAGUAGGUGUAGAUCUAAUCAAUCAUAAUAAAUUCCAUUUAGCAUGGAGAUACUUAAUAUAACUAUCUGAUGUCAAUACAGAAAUUUAGAUGUUAGUCAAAUGGAAUUAGCAAUUGACAGAGCAAGAAAGACAAUAUAACCUAAUCAGAUAUUUAUUAAUGUAAAUUGUAGAACAAAUAAUUAGUAAACUUGGUUAGGGAUUAUACAAUGAAAGUGUUAAGAUAUUGAAUGAACUGAUUCCUACCACAGUCACUUAAGAAGCUUUAUUUAUUCAUCUUUUGGUGAAAUCAAUAAGAAUUUAAAGCAGGGAAGCAUAUGAUUUGGUUUUUAAUAAGUUUAGAGUUGUUGUUGAUGCCGAUCCAAUCUUUUAAGCUUUAUAUUAUAAAGUAGGAGUGAAAUACUUUGGACUUAAAGAAAAGGAAUAAUAGUCUUAAGGUAUUGGUGGAUUAUUGAGUUAAUUCUUUUAAUGA